GAGGAAGUUCGCGUUCAGCAGCCCCAAGCUCCUGGAGUGGGCGCGGGGCCCCCGCGGGCGCGCGCUGCGGCUGCAGCUGUACGUGCACGGCGGCCAGGUGCUCCUGGCCGGGGGCAACGGCACCAGCGUCCUGCCGGACCAGCUGUCCACCUACCUGCAGGUGGUCAUCGGGGACACCGUCGUGGCGUCCCAGCGCGAGCGGGCCGUGCCCGGGCGCUCGCCUGCCUUCAGGUACGUGGAGGAGUUCGACCUCCGCCUGCCGCAGGGGUCGCGCCUGGAGGUGCGCGUGAUGUGCCGCGCCGCCUGCGGGUCGCAGGCGCAGGAUGUCGAGAUCGGGCGCACGGUGGUCGACGUCGCGGACCGCUGGGACUCGGAGUUCAUCCGCUCAAAGGAUGAGCCGAGGCCCGACCCCGCCGACCCGGAGACCCCGCUGGACAGGGCGGGCCUGAGGGAGACGCGCACCCUCUGGGACCACGCCUCGCCGCACGGGCUCGCGGUGGGCUCCCUCCAAAUGUGGAUUCGCGCGGUCGACCCCGCCGACGACGAGCAGAUGAAGAAGUAUUGCCUCGCCGGCGCCAGGCCGGACCAGCUGUGGCCAGACUGCGCCGUCCAGGUCGAUCCCAGCGAGCUCCGGGUGACUUUGAGGGAGGUGAGUGGCCUGAGCGUUCCGAGCGGCGGCAUGGACGUCGUCGCCACCGUGGCGGUGUCGGCGCCGUGCUACACAGAGGCUCACCACAGGCCGUGGUCGCAGGCUACAGACGUGCACUUCAACCUCGACGGCCCCCUGGGCACAGCCGAGUUCAACUGGAGGGCGGUCUUCGAUCUCAGAAGCUCCGUGGCCGACGUUGUGCUCUACAUCAGCCUGUACGACCGCCGCCGCGGCAUCUGCAUCGGCGAGUCCCAGCUGGCGCUCUCCCACGCCUUCGUCGAGACCACGGUGAUCAGGGACCAGGCGGAAGACCUCGUGUGCGCAGAGCUCGAGCAGCUGGACCUCUGCGCCGUCGACGGCAAGCGCAGGGGCCACGUGCGUUGCUCGCUGGUCCUACUGUCCGCAGCCCUGGCGGCGAGGUGCCCGGCCGCCCCGGGGCGAGAGAAGGUCGACGUGGACCCUUGCCUUCUCGAGGCCUCGAUCGGCAGCCUGAAGGAGGUGCCGGCGGUGCUCGGCGAGCACCUCGCGCAGCCGCCGCGCGGCCGGAGGCGGCUGGAUGUCGCCGCCUCGCGGGCGGCGUCGCUGAAGCGCCGCCCGCGCGCCCUCACCGGCAUGGCGGCGCUCCUUCUGCCGGCAAUAGUGGUCAGCGCCCUUCUCCACCACAGGCGCUCGCCGCCGGCAAGCUGCAGAGCCUUCACGUCGCCAGGACCGGCCUCGCUUCCACCCCGCCGUUCCUGGACGACGCCCUUCGCGUCGCUCGCCCCCUCGCUCUCCGCCCCCGCGGCGCCGCUGAGGGUGGCGCUGGGCUGAGCUGGCGCCGGCUGUGCCUCUCCUGUCACGGGCAACGUUAGGGGUGGGACACGGUCAGGAUCGUUGGCUUGGCGUGUCGCGCCGCCGGCUCUGGCCCACCACGCCUCGGUUCGGCGCGCUGCCCACGCCCAGUCGUGUCAUGGCACCAUUUUCGUCCUGCUUUCGUCCGGCCCGCGACUUUCCUCCCUCCUCCCUCCCCGCCGCAAUUCGCUCCUCCGCCAGUGCUGGCCUCGGCAGUGCCCUCACGCCUGCAGCCGCCAUCGCAGUCCGGUUGACUUGCGCUGGGGC